AGCUUUCACGGUCUGCAUAAUUCAUCACACUUAAGAGAAAAUAACCGAAAGAUCCUCUUUUACAUCAUUUGAAAGCUCUCACCAGUGUCCACCAUGGAUGAGAAAAAGAGAUUGAAGACCUCAGUGGAAAUCGAACAGUUAAAGACGGGAAGCCUGUGGGAGCGCGCCCGAUGGUCUAGUCAGCUUGAUUUUCUUCUAGCCUGUAUCGGCUUUGCCAUUGGCCUGGGCAAUGUCUGGAGAUUUCCAUAUCUAUGCUACAAAAACGGAGGAGGAGCGUUUUUGAUUCCAUACUUUAUCAUGGUGUUCUGUGGAGCACUGCCCAUUCUGUUACUAGAGAUUGGUCUGGGUCAGUACAUGUGCAGGGGAGGACUGAAGUCCUGGAUUAUCUGCCCUUUGUUUCAAGGUAUCGGCAUCUCCACUCUUCUGAUAUCUUUCCUGUGCAGUACAUACUAUAUAGUGAUUCUUGCCUGGGGUCUAUACUACAUGUACGCCAGUGUGGCGAAGGAGAUACCGUGGGGUUCCUGUCUCAAUGCCUGGAACACAGACAGAUGUGCAUCUUCCAAUGAAGAAUUACAGAGACGCCUCUGUACAUCCGGAAGUACAUACAAUUCUUCAAUCAGCAAUGGACAAACAUGGGAAAAUAAGAGCUUGAUUAAUGGAACUCUGUACAGCAACCUGAUUAACACAACCGACACAAACUGUUCCUUGAGUAACGUAACUGCUGUAGACCCGGCCGUCGAGUUUUGGCAAAACCAUGUUAUCCAAAUCUCGGAUUCCAUAGAAAAUGGUGGUGGUGUUGUGCCUCACCUGGCUGUCUGUCUGUUGGUGAUGUGGAUAGUUGUCUAUUUCUGUAUCUGGAGGGGUGUCAAAUGGAGUGGAAAGGUGGUGUACUUUACGGCUACCUUUCCUUACGUUAUCCUUAUCACAUUACUGGUACGUGGUGUGACUUUACCAGGAGCCGGAAACGGAAUUAAGUACUUCCUGUCUCCCGACUUUAGCCGUUUACAGGACGCUCAGGUGUGGAUCGACGGAGGGACACAGGUGUUCUUUUCGACAGCUCUCGCCUUGGGAGCCAUGACCAGCCUUGGAAGCUACAACACUUUUAAUACAGAUUUCUACAAGCAUACGUUGAUUGUUGCCGGAAUUAAUUGUGGUACCAGUUUCCUCAGUGGUUUUGCAGUGUUUUCUGUUCUUGGGUUUAUGGCUCAAGAACAGAAUGUAGAUAUACACCAAGUCGCCGAAUCAGGUCCCGGAUUGGUUUUCAUCGUGUACCCCAAGGCAGUCACCAUGAUGCCUCUUCCACAAUUGUGGGGUUUUCUGUUUUUUAUGAUGCUAAUUCUUAUUGGAAUUGACAGUGAGUUUGUGAUGGUAGAAUCUGUGGUAGCACAUAUAAGCGACUUGUUUCCUCGACAACUGUAUAAGACUAAAGGAAGAAUGAUUCUGACGGUGGUUUUGUGUUGUUUAUGGUUUGUUAUGGGUCUUUCAAUGGUGUCCAGGGGAGGAAUGUACGUCUUCCAGCUAUAUGACUACUAUUCAGCCAGCGGUGUAGUCGUACUCUGGGUAUGCUUCUGGGAAAGCAUCGUAAUUGGAUGGGUAUUUGGGUCAGAAAAGUUUAACGAUGCCAUAGAACUCAUGAUAGGAUACAGAAUCAACAAAUGGUUCCACAUAUGUUGGAAAUACAUCACACCUCUUGUAUGCACAGGCAUUUUUGCGUUUCACCUGAUUGGAUUUAAACCCUUGAAAUACAAUAAUGAGUACGAGUACCCUCCGUGGGCUCAAGGAUUCGGACUGAUGCUGGCCCUGGUGUCCAUGUGCUGUAUACCUUUCUACGUGGUGGGCAAACUUUUAUCACUCAAAGGUCCAAUCAAAGAGCGACUCAAAAAAGCGAUUGUACCAAAGCUAACACAAGAUCAGAUUUGUGAGAAGUGGAUGAACAAAGAUGGUGCCUUAUUACUACAGAAGAUUUAAUCAAAAUCACUAUGUGUCACUAUAUACAUAUAUCUCACAUAAAAUAUUCGGAGUGUUAAGACCAUUUAUACUACAUGUAAAACAUACGGCAAUAAAUGCGAAAGACAUUAUUUCUUGA